AUGCACCGCGUGGGCGAAAUACUGGAGUUCACAAACGUUAGCCAAUGGAACUGGGUUCCAACCAACCUUAACCCUGCAGAUCUUGCUACUAAAACAAACAACGCCAAUAAAUAUAAAACUUGGCUACACGGUCCAGACUAUUUGCUGCAGGAUCAACACGAGUGGCCAAAAUGCGAUGAUUUGGGGCCACCAAACAAUGCUGAAGUCAGGCAUAACAUACUCUUCAUCGACAAUUCGCCGAUGGAGCUAAAACUUAACGCGGAAUAUUUUUCCGACUGGCGCAGGCUAUAUCGAGCUUUUGCGCGCUUUAUUCUCUACAUUGAGAAACUGAAAGCGAAACAAAAGAAGGCAUCGCCACCUACAGAGGUGUCUUACGAGAUGAUUCAGCAGGCACGCACACUCCUACUGCGGCAUGCGCAGUCGUCUGAAUUCAACCCAGAAAUUCGCAACUUAACGAGAGAUGAAAACCAGAUCCUACGUACCCGAGGGCGAGCAGAAAACCUAAACGGCCAAAACCAAUUACUGGUCCAAUAUGGGCACCACAUUACUCGCCUCAUAGUGAACUGGUAUCAUCAGGAAAUGCACCACACAUCCCAUGAGACGUGUAUUAACAGGAUUCGAGGCAUGUUUUACAUACCACGCCUACGAGUCUUAUACAGAGGCAUGCGGAAGUCUUGCCAACGCUGUAAAAAUGAGAGCGCCAUGCCUGUUCCACCGCAAAUGGCUCCCUUACCCAUCGCCAGGCUGGCUGCCUACCAACGUCCCUUCACUUACGUCGGUAUCGACUACUUCGGGCCCUUCUUGGUUGCUGUAGGACGGCGAAGCGAAAAAAGAUGGGGCGUUAUUUUCACCUGCCUAACCAUACGGGCAGUGCAUAUAGAAUUGGCGUGCUCUUUGGACACUGCAUCGUGCAUAAUGUGCAUCCGAAACUUCAUCAAUCGGCGCGGGACCCCGAGAGAAAUUUACAGCGACAAUGGCACUAACUUCAAAGCUGCUGAAAAGAUUAUCUGUGACAAAGCGCAGACGAUCAACUUCAACGCCGUGCAACCGGCGUUCGAUGACAUCAAAUGGAAAUUUAAUCCCCCAGCCGCUCCUCAUAUGGGGGGAGCAUGGGAGCGACUUGUUCGUUCCGUCAAGACUGUACUCUACGCAAUCUGCCCAGCGAGAAAAUUUACCAGCGAGGGCCUACAAAGCGCACUCUGGGAAGUGGAAUUCAUCCUAAAUUCCAGACCGCUUACCUUUGUCUCUCUGGACAGCAAAGACGACGAGGCUAUCACCCCUAACCAUCUACUACUAGGAUCAGCAAGCGGCUAUAAACCAGUCAUCGAAACUACACAUACCGUACAGCACAUGUGGCAAGCUGUACAAGAAUUCGCCGAUCAAUUCUGGCGACGAUGGGUACGCGAAUACGUUCCAGAUUUAGCCAGCCGAGGAAAAUGGUUUACGAAGAGACCGCCAAUAGCAGCUGGAGACGUCGUUGUAAUAUUGGACGAGACUCUGCCCCGAAAUAGAUGGCCAAAAGGCAGUCAGAACUGCCAACGGGACUCUUCAAAGGCCCGUGGCUAA